ACUCCAUUUUGGGUCUUGACCACAGGCUGAUAUCUACAAAGCUGCACUGUCCCUAGCACAGCUUUUUGUGAGAAAUCUGCAGUGCAAUCUCAACAUCCGGAUAUAGCCAGGAGUUAAAACACAAUGUUCUUCAAAAAUAAAGCUGGCAAUGAAUCAUUUCUGGAGAAACAUCAGACAUGGAUGAUAAUGAAGACUAUAAUUACAUGCUCUACCUGCAGAAUAUGAAUACAACAGAGGACCCGAGCCACGUGGUCAGUGAACUUGUCCAGCUGUGUGCCAAAAAGACUGUUAACAUGUUUGGUGCAAAAUUGAUCCCAGUGUUCUACUUUGUUAACUUCUUCCUGAGUUACCUUGGAAACGGCCUUGUCCUCCUCAUUAUCUUCAAGUAUGAGAAGCUCACCACAGUCACAAACAUCUUUCUGCUGAAUUUGGUGCUUUCCAAUCUCCUUUUUGCCUCCAGUUUGCCUUUCUGGGCUACCUACCAUUUGUCUGAAUGGAUCUUUGGAGAAGCUCUAUGUAAAAUGGUCAGCAGUGCUUAUUUCAUCGGUUUCUACAGCUCCAUCCUCUUCCUCACUCUCAUGACAUUUGACCGAUAUCUAGCUGUGGUGCAUGCACUUGCAGCUUGCAAGCGCAGGAAGAAAAAGUAUGCCAUAAUAUCGUCUGUCAUUGUUUGGUGUAUCAGUAUUUCAGCAAGUGUUAAAGAGUUGGUCCUUCGAAAUGUGUUUAUGAACUCAAUGCAAGGCAAAAUGUGUGAAGAAUCAGGGUUAUCAGCAAGCAGUAUGAGAGUCUGGCGUUUGGUCAGUUCCUAUCAACAGUUCAUGAUUUUCUUCCUCUUACCUCUGAUAAUGGUCAUGUACUGCUACUUUAGGAUCACGCUGCGGAUUCUCUCCACCCGGAUGAAGGAGAAGUGUCGAGCCAUAAAGCUAAUAUUUGUAAUCAUCUUCACAUUUUUUGUCUGCUGGACACCCUACAAUAUUGUAUGCCUUCUUCGAGCAAUUAAUAUUUCAGCUGGCGAAACAGACGAGGAAGAAUCAUGUUCCACCAAACAAAACCUAGAUUAUGCAUAUUACUUGACCCGAAACAUUGCAUACUUGUAUUGUUGUAUUAGUCCAAUGUUUUACACAUUUCUAGGGAAAAAGUUCCAGAGUCACUUCAACAAACUGGUGAUUAAAAAAAUUCCCUGCCUGUCCAGACACAUUAGCUUCAACAGCCAGAGCACUAGAAGCACAUCACAGAGAACACCUCAUUCUGUUUACGAAUACUGAGCAAACAUAGAAGUCCUGAUCUUUUAACCGAUACAGAAUGUCAUAAUGCACGCUCCUGACAUGAUACAAUAAUAAAUAGUCUUCUCUAAAGGCUUGGCCAUUAUGAUAUGUUACACAUUUAACUUCCCUUUUUCUCUGCAGGUCAUUCCAGACUGUAAGCCUUUAGUUUCCAUUUUGAAGGGAAUAUUUUGUUAUAUUCAGCCCCACAGCCAUGACCUGCCAGAUUUAAAACUUUGUGAACAAGGAGCAGUUAUGUUUGAAAUCUGGUCAGUUUAAUUAUUACUGUUGUGAAAAAAAUACAUUGAAUGAUUUUGAAUUUCUUCUUAUAAUGGGUUUUAAAUAUACUGAUAUGUUUACAAUGAUAAUUUUGAUGUAACGUGUUUUCAAACUGUGGUCAUCUGGGAACAAACUCAUAUGAAUGAUUUUCUCACACCGUUGGGUGAAUGAAAGAUUUGACAACUGUUGCCAACACAUCACACUGAGAGCGGUCUGAACUGUUCAGAGAGGAAAUAUUGCAAUGACACAUCAGAACAAGAAGUAGCAGAGAAAAAGGAACACAACAGCUGAGAUAUGUGAAGGUCCACUCUCAGUUUGUCAAGCUGAAAUACCUUUGCAGCAUCGUCAUGUCACUUGUUUAUCUGGCUGCAUCCUUCUUGACAUUAUUACUUAUACAGCAGUAUAUUUUUUAUUGCCCUAAUAGAGUAUAUGAAAUCUGAUUUUUUUUUUUUGUCUUAAUCGUUACAGUAUUACCUAACUAGUCAUUGAUAGCAUUAGCUUACUUUUUAAAUUGUCAUCUUCUCUUUUUUAAUUGUGAUUACUCUGUGUAAAAGGUAGAAUAGUCAGUAAAAAUAGCUUCUGAACAUGUAUUAAGAUAACAGCAUUUAAAACUACGAUAUAAAUUAUCUUCCAAAUGUCAAACGCUUAUUUUCUGCAUUUAAUUUCUUUCAUGUAAACUUAACGGAAAAAAUAUUCUGUACCUUGUCUUAUUGAAUGUUAUUUUUGUGGAUAUGAAUUAUAAAGCUUCUCUUCUGUAAUGGACCAUGGACAUGUGUUUAAUACACGUCAACAUAAAACACAUAUGUCACACUGCA